AUUUCUACAGUACUAUUUUUCCAGUGACCUGGGGAGUCUGGUAGAGGCUAAUUUAUUCCCCUCGGCCUUACCUGUCUGCACUUCCAGAAAACGACAGCAUGGGCGCUCUCGGGGUUGUGACGUGGCUGACCGCUGCCGGUACCUUGGGCGCCGCCGUCUUUUCUGGUUACCUGUACUCGUCUCUACCUCCUGACGUCGCAGAACCGCACAAAGUCGUCAUCCUCAAGGGGUUCGAGCGAACAUUUAAAUUAGUGGCAUGGGUUCAUGAGAAGAUGGGGUUUGGCGUGCUGAAACUCCAGCCGCCGCCGUCACAAGCGUCACAUCCCAACCUGGAAGUGACGGACGCGUCCUUCGAUGGCGUCCAGGUUCGAGUCUAUAAGCCAAUAGCUCAGAAAACGGGAAGCAAGAUGGCCGGCCUGAUGUGGUUUCAUGGAGGAGGAUGGGUGUUUGGCUCAAUUGAUCAGUGCGACGCCCUUGUCGGACGCAUCGCAAACCAGACGGGUGCUGUGAUGGUGUCAGUUGAAUAUCGGCUAGCCCCUGAACACAAGUUCCCCAUUCCGUUUGAAGACUGCCUUACGGCUACCCAACAUUUCCUCCAACACGCCAGUGAGUACGGAGUCGACCCAACAAGAAUCGGUGUGGCAGGGGGCAGCGCUGGUGGAAACCUGGCUGCUGCGGUCGCUCUGAGACUCAGAAAGGACGACAAAAAGAAGUUCCCGCCAUUAAAACUACAAGCGUUAAUCUACCCUGCUCUGCAAGCGUUCAACUUUCAGACUCCUUCAUAUGUCAGAGGGCACAGGUUCUUCGUUCUACUUUCAGCUAAGACGAUGAUUGGGUUCUGGGUAAAAUAUCUCAACAACAACAUGUCCCUGGUCGACACUCUUGCAAACAACGGCCACACGGCUGCGCUAAAGAAGUCCCGCUUUGCCUCUUACGUUGACCGACACUUUCUCGACGACUCCGUGCCAAGAUUGGUUCCUGAGGACGUCAGUGUAGAUCUACCAGACGACAUGAAGGACCUCCUGAACCCCUACUAUUCUCCACUGAUGGCAGAAGACGCCGACUUGUCCGGAUUGCCCAACACUUACGUCACUGUUUGCGGCACGGACGUCCUGAGGGAUGACGGGAUCAUGUACGCCAGGAGGCUGGAAAUGGCGGGAGUUCAGGUCCGACUGGCGCGCUACCCGUCAGGCUUCCACGGUAUCAUGUCCUUCUCAUCGAAACCGUUUUACUUUGAGGUCGGGAAACAGAUGGAACAGGACUUGACAACGUUCUUACGUCACCAUCUGUAAUGUUGACAUUAUCGGUUUAGGACAACCUCAUCCAUUGUUGUUGAUGAUUUGUACAGAAGCAAACAGACGCCGUCGGACGGCAUGAAAGAGAGAGAGAGGGACUGAGAGAGAGAGAGAGAGAGAGAAAAAGGGAGAGAGAGAGAGAGAGAAAGAGAAUGCGUGUGUCACGAGGGGACGUAAGGACCAGAUGUAUUACAUUAAGGAC